GGCGCACCGGGCGCCCCGGCUCCGGAGCAUAAACAAGAGCGGGGCCGGGAUGAGGCGGCGGUUGAUCCCGGAGCAGCGAGAGGCGGCGAGCGAGGCGGCGCGUGGAGCCCGGCGCCCGGCCUGAGCGCAGCCCGACGCGCCCUCGGCCGCGCGCGUGUCCCCCCUCAGCGCUCCGCGGGCCCCGGGGCCGGCCGCCCCUCGCGCCCAGCCAUGAACCUGGCGAGCCAGAGCGGCGAGGCCGGCGCGGGCCAGCUGCUGUUCGCCAACUUCAACCAGGACAACACGUCCCUAGCUGUUGGUAGUAAGUCCGGUUAUAAAUUUUUCUCCCUUUCUUCUGUGGAUAAGCUGGAACAGAUCUAUGAAUGCACCAGCACCGAGGACGUCUGCAUCGUGGAGAGGCUGUUCUCCAGCAGCCUGGUGGCCAUCGUCAGCCUCAAAGCUCCGAGGAAGCUCAAGGUCUGCCACUUCAAGAAGGGAACUGAGAUCUGCAACUACAGCUACUCCAACACCAUCCUGGCUGUGAAGCUGAACCGGCAGAGGUUGAUCGUGUGCCUGGAGGAAUCCCUGUACAUCCACAACAUCCGGGACAUGAAGGUGCUUCACACGAUCCGAGAGACGCCCCCAAACCCUGCAGGACUAUGUGCGCUGUCCAUCAACAAUGACAACUGCUACCUGGCGUACCCAGGGAGUGCGACCAUCGGGGAGGUGCAGGUCUUCGACACCAUUAACUUGAGAGCUGCCAACAUGAUCCCGGCCCAUGACAGUCCUUUGGCGGCCCUGACCUUUGAUGCUAGUGGCACUAAGCUGGCCACGGCGUCUGAGAAGGGCACCGUGAUUAGAGUGUUUUCCAUUCCAGAGGGCCAGAAGCUCUUUGAGUUCCGGAGAGGGGUGAAGAGGUGUGUGAGCAUUUGCUCGCUGGCCUUCAGCAUGGACGGCAUGUUCCUGUCGGCCUCCAGCAACACCGAGACCGUGCACAUCUUCAAGCUCGAGACUGUGAAGGAGAAGCCUCCGGAGGAGCCCACCACCUGGACCGGCUACUUUGGGAAGGUGCUCAUGGCCUCCACCAGCUACCUGCCGUCCCAGGUGACAGAGAUGUUCAACCAGGGCAGAGCCUUUGCCACCGUACGCCUGCCCUUCUGUGGCCACAAGAACAUCUGCUCGCUAGCCACGAUUCAGAAGAUUCCCCGGUUACUGGUAGGUGCCUCCGACGGCUACCUGUACAUGUACAACCUGGACCCCCAGGAGGGCGGCGAGUGCGCCCUCAUGCGGCAGCACAGGCUGGACGGCAGCGUGGAGACAGCCAGUGAGGUCCUGGACUCUGCCUCUCACGACUGCCCCCUGGCGACACAGACACAAGGCACAGCUGCAGCGAAAGGCGCUUACGUGCCACCGUCUCCCACGAGACUUGCCUACACAGACGACCUAGGGGCCGUGGGUGGUGCCUGCUUGGAAGAGGAGGCCAGCGCCCUGCGCCUGGAGGAGGACGGCGAGCACCCGCCCAUGAUGCUACGCACUGACUGAGCGUGGACGGGGCUCCGCGUGGCCACUGGCUGCUGAGCGAGCCUGCACAAGGACAGCAGAGACUUGCACAAAAGGUCGUAGUGAUAGUCUAACUCCAUCCGUACCGUUUCACCUCUGUGGCUUUCAACCUUGCUGACAAAUUUUAGCUUUUGGUUUGUUUUCUCUUUUUUUGCCAAAAUUAACUGUUUGGUGAAGCCCUCAAGAUCUCGCUCUGCAUGCCUGAGUGUGCCAAGCUGGGCGGGGAGCCCGAGGCCUCGGGGCCAGCCCAGCUGUCUGGUUCCCAUGGCUGCACGUGCCGCGGGGCGGGCUUCCCAGGCCACUCUGGGGCCUGCCGGGAGCUGCCGGGCAUCGCCUCGGACCCCCCUCCCUGCGGCCCCUCCUGGACCAUUUUCUCUUCGUUUUAUUUUGUUAAUUAAAUUCUUUCCAAAUUGGA